AUGUCUGAAAUUACCAGCGACGCCCUGCUCAAAAUGACCUCAAUAUGUGUUAUGGUACAAACUGGAUUUCUGAUUUUGUUCUUAAGAGCCUCGGAAGUAAUGUCAGCUGAUUUGGCAUUAAGACAACCAGCAUACAUGUCUGGUGACGAUGGUUCAGUAGCUGCACUGGCUGUUGAAGGAACCACAGGCAGGUGUGCAGUGACCAGUCUCCUAACGGAUCCCUGGUGGCGAGUUGAUUUGGGGAAGAGUUACAGCGUGGACGUAGCAAACAUUACUAGCGGUGCAAAUGGAUUGGCAGAUUUUGAAAUAAGAAUCGGAAACAGUCUCGAUAACGAAGGAAAUUCCAACCAAAAGUGUGGAGGACCAUACACUAUGACAUCUUCACAGGAAAAGUCAUUCGAUUGCACCCCUGGUGUCAGGGGUCGAUAUGUGGACAUCCGAAUAGCGGGAAAGAAUAAGAAGCUGGAUAUCUGUGCGGUGUCAGUGAAUCCUAAUCCAGCAGUAAACAUUGCUGCAGGUCGAUCAGCAACACAGUCCACUACGGCAUAUGAUGGUUUUCCUGCGCACGCACUGGAUGGAAAUCUUGACAGCCAUUAUAAGGGGUUAAGUUGUACACAUACAGCUGAACAAAAUUAUCCCUGGUGGCGAGUGGAUCUGGGUUCAAGUCAGCACGUGUCAGAGGUGUUCAUAGUCAACAGGGUAGGAUGUUGCAUGGAUAGGCUGCGCAACAUAGCAAUUUAUGUGGGAGACAGUUUGGAGAAUAAUGGGAACUCAAAUCCAAGGUGUGGUGGAUUGUACUCAAUGGCCACUGUACACAAAGCUUCGUUUUAUUGCAAACCGAGAAAAACAGGGCGAUAUGUAAAUAUCAGACUUGAGGGAACUGGAAUGGUUCUGACAUUGUGCGAAGUGGAGGUUUAUUCUGAAAGCAGAGGUGAGCUACCAGACUCUUGUACGGAACCUUGGGCUUGUGGAACCCAGGCCUCAGGCUGGCUUCGCGGGAGCCACCCAUCUAUGGAGGAGGGUGUUGUCCAACGAACUGUUUGUUUUAGUUGGAGUAGCACCUGCUGCUUUGCAGAAGUGAAGGUGCAAGUCAGGAAUUGUUAUGGAUAUCUUGUCUACAAGCUGCAGCCGACGUCUUUCGUAGUCAAAGCGAGAUAUUGUAUAGAAAACUCGGCCAUCCAUUAUGAGGACGCUUUCUUCUAUCUCCCCGUGUCGAAAGCUGGUGUUCCGUUGGCACUGACAGGUCACAUGAUUCAUUUGGAAUAUCACGUGACAUCACCAUGGAAAUGUAUGGCCUACUGCCUCGUAGAGAUGACGUGUGAGUCAUUCACCUACCUUUCCCAGGAUAACACAUGUGAGCUUAACAACAGGACUGGAACCAGUAGCAAGCAAGGCUUGAGAGAAAGACCUGGUACUGAGUAUUACGAGAGGAUGAACUUACUUCAAUGAAGAGUCCAGUUCUAAAGGCUAAAUUAAGCAAACAGUGAUUUGUGAAGGAGAAAGCCUUGUUUUCGUUCUUACCAGCUGUAUCAUCUUCUGAGAUCUAGACCUAAACAUACAGUAAAACAUACAGUAGUAAAUCGAAUUCUACAUAAUUAAUUUUUUACAAGCGACUCAAUUUAAAUUAUAGCAAGUUACGCUUUGCUGGUAAAUUUCUUGAGAGAGGGCAUCGGAGUAAUUAGCUAAUUUUCGCUCUUCUACACUUGUGGUAACACUUGCUGUAACUCAAAACUGUUCUACGCGAGUGGUCUAAUAAUUGUGCGCCUUCAAUAGGAUCACUAGGGAAGUUAACCUGUAAAUAAUCUGUUUAAACUUGUCGCUGCUAAUUGUGA